GCAUUUAAAAGUUUGUGACAAUUAUACCGGUAAGAGGCAUACGUAAGUCGAACAUAUUUGGGUCUUGGCAGGAACCUCCGCCCACCUCCGCUUCCGAACGACCACAUUUUCUCCCAGUUGCACAUACUGUACGUUCCCUCGCCAUGGCCCCGGACCUGUCCGAGUGACUGGGAUGAACUGUGCGACUCCGUCCAGUAUGAUGCUCGACAACAAGCGCCGACGAUGGAUCACUGGGCCGACCCUUGGGCCGACGAUGUGGACACAGAUACCAAGCCGUCGCCAAAGCCGGAUAUCCCAACGCCGCAGCCAGGAGCACCUCCGACCGUGCUGAGUGAAUUCUUGGACGAUGCGCAAUGGGGUAGCGUGAGCCAAGAUGAAGGUUGGGGAGAAUGGACAGUGGAGCCUAGUAGCAGGACGCCUGGCGAACUCCCCGAGAGGAGCUCUCCACACCCGGAAGUGAACGAGCCAUGGAGGGCGGCUGAGGAAAGGGAGGACACUGAGGAACAUGGGAAUGGUAUUUCGGAGGCUUCAGAGUCAGGCACAACGGUACACCCGGACGACAACCAUGAAUUUCCCCCUCCGGAGCAAGACAAUGAUAUCUCCACACGUCCCUCUGUGUCCACUUCGGAGGCAAGCCACACCGAAUCUGUUGCAGAGUCGCCGCGAACUUCUUUCGAGGAAGAACGAUCCGCGGGAAAGACUGCCCAGAACGCCCCGCCAACGGAGCAUCCACCGGAGACGGUCGCAGAACCUGGCCCUGGUGCAACAGAAGAUGCAUUGGAAAACAGGUCAGAGCCACAACAACGUGCACUACAGCCCGACAAGGAGCCAAAGGAGGCAUCGCGGCCUUCUGCAUUGGCAACUACCCCCAUCGGCCCCCUUCUGUCGGAACUAUUCCCGACACUAAAAAAGCAUGCAGAACCGCCGCCAGCUCAAGAUGACCCGAUAUUUUCGACUUCUGCACGGAAAGCAUGGUACCGUUUGACAAGACAAGAAACAAUGCGAGAGUACAACAGCGGAGGCGAAGACAAUAACUAUGUGCGCGUAACAUGGGCAACCUCAAAGAUCAGAGAAGAUGUGAACAAAAUCGUAUCAAGGUGGGCCACCGAGGAUCGGAUAGCUGGGCGCAGCCAUGGUGGGAGAGUCUCUUUCUACUGGGAUCAGCCCACAGAGCUUCCGGGCAAAAUCGCUGCUAUUCAUGUUGCAAGGAAGGCGAGCGCAUCGGCACCCAUCGCCAAACAGGAAAUACAGUCGCCUGUCUCGGAUGCUCCGGUUGCGUUCAGUUGGAGCUCCGCUCCUGCAGAACAAGAUACGGGGGAGAAAAGGAAGUCGGGCAUGCUCCAAAGUCAAGCGCCACUUAUAGCCCCGCCUGUCCCUGCACCUACCACAGCAAUAAAGGAGGCGAGCCGUCACUCACUAGAGCAGAGUGCCCAUGAUGUCCCUGCGCUAGAGUCCGCGCAGGCUCUGAGACCGGUAUCACCGUCAGCCAGCGAGCAAGGUUCCCUUCCCCAUGAGAUCGAUGCCCCUCGCGCAAGCAUACAGGAAGACAACCAGCAGGAGCAGAGACAGGCUUUAGAUCUAGAUCAAAUAAGGCGCUCAACGGAUACUUCCCCACCUGAUAUAAGCGAUGAUGAAGACUGGGGUGAGAUGGUUCAGUCGCCGACUCAGACGAAUCCGCCUCCUAAUGCCUCCUUCUUUGAGUCCACCAUUCCGUCCGAAACCGGCGCAACGCCCUCAACAGGAUCAUCAGGGUCUACACCUACAAUAUCGAGACACGCAGCGCCCAUUGUUCGUCUUCAAGGAAUUGUUUCGCCCACCUCUGCAGUGUUUGGCGCGAAGCCUUUGAUUCCGCUUCACGCAGAGCAAGGCCCAAUUGGACCACAUAUACUCCGGAAGACGAAGGAUGUUCCCCUUGCGACACCUGAAAAGCCGAAGGCCAGCCGUGCAGAGCCCAGCCAACCUGCUGCAGAUGCAUGGGCAGAUGCCGAUUUCUCCAUAUUUGAUUCCGCGCCAGCACGAACACCACCAGUGGUAGCACCUCGUCAACCAGUUCCAUCCGUUCCUCCAGCUAGAGGUCUCCCAUCUCGAUCAGACACGCCAUCAGCGAUCUCACCUCUCCCUCCACAAUCCAGAAGAUCAGAAGAUGACGAGGUCGUUCGAAGCAUCAUAUCCGGUUUGCCGGACCUGAGCUACAUGUUGAAAAAAUGACAUGGAUUAUGAAAGAGUUAUGACGUUCUGUCUUACCUUGCUCUCAGUUGCAUUUCUCGGGCGUUUCUCUGGGACUUGGAAGCAUAGGUUCAGGCGUGAUGCAUUGGUCGUUCUUAUGUUGUUGAAUGUACAGAGAUAUGCACAUGUCAUGCUAGUUAUUCUUUCCGCAUACCAAAAAUGUGACUUGAGCUAUCUUCUCUUUUCUUUUUAUGUGCACGCUCCCUACUACUGGGAGGAAUGGCAAGGAUCAGACGCGCCUGAUGGACGCGUCGCAGAACGCGACGGGUUGAUAUUGUUUGACCACCACAAGUCUCCCACUGU